UUGAAAUCACACCGAAACUUUAUUGUAUGUCGAAAAUAACACAUUCAUAAGGAGGUUAAUGGGUCAGCUAUAAUCAUGAUCAGCUGUUCUACCCACCGGACCUCUCAAUAUCAAACUGAAUACACUUGUUUUACAUUAAACCAAGGCAAUGGAAAACGUGUUAUGUUGCACAAGUUAUUUACAGCAAUGCAACAUCAGGAAUCCUGAUGCCCUUGGAUCAAGCAUGGACCUCACUGGCCUUCAGAGUCCAUCAUGCACAAAUUCUCAAACUAGUUUGCAUGGCUUGGGCACUUCACGUGAAAGGUCACAUAGAGAGCUACAGAACUACAGAUAUCUUUACACAUAACCUGCAAGUACUCAAAGGUCAUUCUGAAAUAGAUCAAAAUUCCUUCUUGCUCAGAGGUGACAUAAUAGAUGCCAUGGACAUCAAAUGAACAAAUAAUGAGCUCUUGCAUAUGUUUACAUGCUAGAAUUAUUAGCAGAAUAAAGUCAAAGUCAGAGUAAGCAUUGUCAUUCCUUUUCACGACAGACAUGUAAGGUGAGACAAAAAAUAGAGUUUCUCUAGGAUACGAUGUAAUAUUUGACAUAAAAUAGAAGUGCAAACAAGAAAUAGAGUAAAUAGAUGUUAAAACAUGUAAUGAACUGUGUACAAGACUGAAAUAAAUGAUACAGGUCACUAUACAGUAGUUAAACUAUGACUAAACACAGGACAGGGCGGUAAAUGGGGGGCAGUGGGUUGUGUUUUACAUGCAUUACAUGUGUAAUAGCAAUUAGCUCCCAUGUUCUUUACAAACAAACGUGGGCAUGAUGGCUGGAGUAGAAGGAAGUGAAGUGUUAAAACAUAGAAAGUUGUUCAAUUCUUGAUGAAUGGGGCAAAAGCUGUUCCUUCAAGCCAUGUUUAUGGUGAAAACAUAAGAAUAGUUGCAAUGAAACAGAAUUGUAUAUUUCUUAAAGCUAAUCCAUAUGUUUCACAUUAAGACACCCCAGAACUGGAUUGUGAAACUCCUGAAUUCAUAAAUAUCAUGGAUUUACUAUAAAUAAGGUUGAUGUUUGUCCCAAAGGCAGUAAACAUGGAGCCCCCACAAGAUCCUCCCAGUAUGACCACAUGUACAACUUCUGACAGUCUGGCUUGAGGAAUGGCAUUUUGGUACAGAAUUCUGCUUAUUUGUCAUUUAACAGUGGUACCUAGUUACUUCCAACAAUGCAUAACAAUUAGAUUGUACAACUACAUCAAGAAUACUACAACAUGCACAAACAUUUAUCCUGUUUUACACAAGCAAACAUUGGUGAAUAUGGUUUGGAGAAUAAGAGACACCCAUGUGUUUAUCUGAUUACCAUGUCAUCAUACAUGGUUAAAAACAGUGCAGUCAUUUGGAAGAACAGGUGAGCAUGUAAUUAAGGCUGUUGCUUUUUUGCACAAUGAUGUGCUUUUUUCACCUAGUUUAACAGAGGGGAGAAGAACACUAGUUAGCAAAUGUGUUAUUUGAGAUGGUAGGCGUGAUUUAAAUUCCUUUUAGGCAACACUUUUGCAUGCAUAGCUAAUUAAAAUAGCGCUUGAUUUCAUACAGUAUAAAAGCUUUACAUAACUAGUCAGCUAUGCUUUAUGGAGAGGAAAACUGGGAUGGUUCUAAGGGCCAGUGACUGACAGGGCUCUAAAAAUGAUGAAACCAUUCAUUUUUAACCUAUCAUCACUAACAGAAUAUUUUAUUUACAGUGUACUAGGAAAAAUACAUUAUAUUUACAAUUGUAGUAUUCUUUCGCAAAAAGUAAACAACUGGAAAGACUCUGUUUGAACCCUUUCCCUUAACAUGAAAUGGUUCAGUCCCACCCCAAAGCAGUCUUGAACAGUACUUACUACAGUGCAUCUUGUCUCAGCUUCCUAAAGAUAAAUCUAUUUUCCAAAGACAAAAAGAAAGACAAUACAUCACCCAACUGAGAACAAAAUAUAUCUGAAAAUAAUGGCUGGACUGCCACCAAAUUUGGUGUGCACAAUCCAAACCCCAAGCGGAAGAAUCCUGUUGAUUUGGUAGACAUUUCCUCAAGCGCCACCAACAGGCCUUUCCAUCGUGUGUACACUUUGUUCCAAAAUCUGCUGCUGAGCAAGAUGAUUAUUCAUUUGAAUUGAAGAGGUUAAUGUAUAUUUCUUAUAUUUAAAUUAUUCAUUAAUGUUAUGAUAAUUUUCCAUUCAAUAAUUUUACAAUUAAGUUACAUUUAAACUGUUUUUAUAAAAUUUAAACAAGAUGGGUAUCCAUCUUGACUCAAUAGUGAGUCCCACAAUAGUGAAUGCAGAAUGUUGCAUGCAUGCCUGCACGGUGUUAUAUUUUCAGGACCGGCAUGGCCUCUGGUGAUGGGGCCAAACAUUCUUGGCCGCGGUCCAAGCUGCAUUGCAGUUUUAAAUCCGUUUGAUUCAAUGGCAUUGGGCUAAAGAGUGAAGGGUGAAACGGGAUGCAGCUCUUUUGUGCCCGUGCUUAGGAGGAGCGCGUGAAACAAAGAGAGGCCCGGCAGUUUUUAAGCACAGACAUCAAAGCUAACACGAAAUGACUAGAGCACGAAUUGCCUGCGUUUGCAACAGCUCAAUCGAGAAGAUGCGCUUUGAAUGGCUUCUUUUAAGACAAGGUCAUCGAAACCCUCCUUCCCACCGGAUGUCGCUGUAGUCGCAGUAAAUAAAAGGAACUCUCCACCCGCUUAUUUUCUUUCUUGCAUUAUUUCAAACGUUUCCAAAGCGUGUUUUAUCGGUUCUGUUGAAUCAGCACCCCAGUGAUCCUUCGACGGUAUGUUUAGCUCGUUAUCGCACUGGGACUGUCUGUGGUUAGGAAGUCUGCGCGGAUGACGUCAGGCACGAGAUCGACGGGCUGCGUCUCCACUCGAGUUUGAUGCGAGUCUUAUUUUAGUUUUCUCGUGCACACCGGACAGCGCUCGAGUCACGCGCUAAAUUCAAACCAACGCGGGUCCGAGCACUCUCGGUGUCUCGCCUGGGGAUCUUUGGACCCGCUGGCAGUGAAUGUCAUUUGCGUUUUCCGCCGUUGCCGUAACAAGGCUGAUAUUGAACAAAAAUGAACAUGUACUCCAUGCGCCUUGAAUGCUGAGCGCUCGAGCGCCGGCUGCGGACUGCGUCUCGAGCGAUGACACUGAGGAUACUUUAACAUGGUCAGCCCUCGGUCAACAGCUUCGCACUUACACAGGUCGACUUUUAGCGCAGGAAGUUAGUGGUAUAUAAAAUGUCCGAAAUGGCGAUUGCAUUUCUUCGGGAGCUGUACAGUCGUGGCUAGAGAUGCAUACGCUCUACAUUUCCUGGUUCGCAUACAGCUAACGUUGGCUAACAAUCUGGAAAGGGUGUGUACCUUAUAAUUAGCCUGCGAGAUAAGCAGCGAAGUUUCCUAGAGUGCCCGACCAGUGGAGCAAAGGCUAGCAGUUGGACAGGUAACGAAGUGUCGAUAGGUAGUCCGUUUCAAAGCGUAGCAGCCUAGAAGAUGAUGCUUAGACUGUUUGGCGUAGCACGGCUCCCCUGACUAGCAUGCGCUGUGGCCCUGGACAUACUUUAGCGUGUAAUUCGGCGGACAUCUUCGCACUUUAUUUCGUUUGCUUGGAAGCGUGACACGCACAGUGCCGUUGCAGCAUGCCACUUUUCCGCGCGCCCGCACUGGCAGGCUGCAGGGUUCGGUCGGGCGCGAUCGCGGCGGCGCUGCUCGCGGGGUUCUUCUUGAUGCCCCUCGGCGCGGCCAGCUCUCCGGACAUGCCCAUCGGACACGGGGACGGGGAGGGCGCACACCGCGAUCACGCUCCGGCCCACGGGGGUACCAACCAGAGCACCCACACCAAAAAAGCUUUCCCUGUGCUGUCCUUUGAUUACAAGGCGGUCGAAAAUCCUUUCUUGAUAUUGCUGUGGAUUCUGCUGGCUUCCCUGAUGAAAUUAGGGUUCCACCUAAUACCUCGCUUGUCGUCCAUCGUGCCGGAGAGCUGUCUGCUGAUCGUGGUUGGCCUACUGUUGGGGAUGCUGCUCAAGCUCAUUGGACAGAACCCCCUUUUGCUGAGCUCCAGACUCUUCUUCUUCUACCUUCUGCCCCCCAUCAUCCUAGACGCUGGCUACUUCUUACCCAUAAGGCCCUUCUCUGAGAACCUGGGCACUAUCCUCAUGUUUGCAGUUGUAGGUACCCUAUGGAACUCCUUCUUCAUUGGCGGUGUGCUGUAUGGGGUGUGCCAGAUCGAGGGCACAAACUUGUCCAGAGUUACCCUGCUGCCCUGCUUGCUUUUUGGAGCCAUCAUUUCAGCCGUGGACCCUGUGGCGGUUCUCGCCGUGUUCGAGGAAAUUCAUAUCAAUGAGCUCCUACAUAUCCUUGUCUUUGGGGAGUCGCUGCUCAAUGACGCCGUCACCGUGGUGCUGUAUCACCUGUUUGAGGAGUAUGCACAUGUGGGCCAGGUGACUUUUAUCGACGUGUUCCUGGGCAUCGUGUGCUUCCUGGUGGUGUCCCUUGGUGGCAUCCUGGUGGGCGCCAUCUAUGGCCUCCUGGCGGCGUUCACCUCUCGCUUCACCUCACACAUCCGUGUCAUUGAGCCGCUCUUCGUCUUUGUCUACAGCUACAUGGCUUACCUCUCCGCUGAAGUGUUUCACCUGUCUGGCAUCAUGGCGUUAAUCGCGUGUGGUGUGGUCAUGCGGCCCUACAUGGAGGCCAACAUAUCCCACAAGUCCCACACCACCAUCAAGUACUUCCUGAAAAUGUUGAGCAGCGUGAGCGAGACGCUCAUCUUCAUCUUCCUGGGUGUGUCCACGGUCGCCGGUAAUCACAAGUGGAACUGGACGUUCGUCACGGUGACGGUCAUCGUGUGUAUGGUAGCUCGUGUUCUUGGUGUCAUCUUUUUGACCUACGUGAUCAAUAAAUUCCGCAUAGUGAAGCUCACCACUAAGGACCAGUUCAUCAUAGCCUACGGUGGCCUACGAGGGGCAAUUGCCUUCUCCCUGGGGUAUCUACUCAACACAGACCAUUUCCCCAUGAGGGAUAUGUUCCUCAUUGCCAUCAUCACCGUCAUCUUCUUCACUGUCUUUGUGCAGGGCAUGACCAUUCGACCUCUGGUUGACCUGCUUGCUGUUAAGAAAAAACAGGAGACCAAACGUUCCAUCAACGAGGAGAUCCACACCCAGUUCUUGGACCACCUGCUGACGGGCAUCGAGGACGUCUGUGGACACUAUGGCCACCACCACUGGAAGGACAAGCUCAACCGCUUCAAUAAGAAGUAUGUGAAGAAGUGUCUGAUUGCUGGAGACCGUGCCAAGGAGCCCCAGCUGAUCGCCUUCUACCACAAGAUGGAGAUGAAGCAGGCCAUUGAGCUGGUGGAGAGCGGAGGCGGGGUCAAGCUGCCGUCCGCCAUGCCCUCCACCGUCUCCAUGCAAAACAUCCAACCCAAGAAGCCUCCGGAGAGAGUGCUGCCUCAGAUAUCAAAGGGUCGGGAGGAGGAGAUCCGGAAGAUUCUACGCACCAACCUGCAGAGGACACGCCAGAGGUUGCAGUCCUAUAACAGACACACACUGAUCGCUGACCCAUACGAGGACGGCUUCACUGAGCUCAUUAUGAAGAGGAAAAAGGUGAUAGAACUGGAGAAGAAGCUCAAACAGAUGAACAAUUACCUCACAGUGCCGGCCCCGCCCCCGGACUCUCCCACCAUUACCAGGGCCCGCCUCUCCUCUGACCCUCAGCCCUGGAGUGCGAAGCCAUCGGCGGACAACGUCCCUGCCAUUAAAGUGGACCUGGCCUCUCCGCAGAGCCCCGAGUCGGGCAGCCCCGGCAGGGAGGCCAGAAAGCCUGUUCUGCAGGUCACAAGGGAAACUGAGGAGGAGGAGGGCCUGGUGAUGAGGCCUUCAUCCCAGGAGAAGCCGAGAAAGGGACCAGAAGACCCGGAGAGUGAGAAGGAGCAGCAGCGUCUCCUCCGCUGCCUGAGUGACCCUGGCCCCGCCGCCAGUGAAGAGGACGAGCCGUUCCUCCCCUGAGAUGGGGGGAGGUGGGUGGGGGGGGGUGAGAGUGAGUGUGUGAGAGAACGAGCGUGAGUGUGAGCGAUGCACGCUACCGGCUGUUUAACUGCCUUCACUGUUGCGCUCUCUCGCUGGAAAAUGUCCGAGGGGUUUCGAGAGUUUGUGGUUUGGUAUUGCCACUGUUUCUUGGACAAAUGACUCAGAGAUUUUUUUUUUUUUUUUUGUCCUUUUUUCCUCCAUUUGGGCUGUGCGGAACACAAGCGAACUUUUGCAGUUAGCCAAAACGAGAACUGUUGAGAAAUCACUGUCAGCAAACCAAAACAGAAUGGAGGGAGGGUUGAAUAUAGCCAUUUCUUUUCUAGCUUUAUCAUUCUUGUUAUUAUUAAGACACAAAGAAAAGCUUUGAGGAACCUCUGGAAUAGGAAAACACAACUAUGCAUUACCAAAGGUUCAUACUGUUGUGGUCUCUGACGAGUGUUCUGCUUACGUCUGUUUUUAUUUUUUAUUUUCUUUUUAGCGUGCAUCACAACGAACUGUUUGUGUCACUUGAAUCGCAUUGUGUGGCAUGGUGUUGUCACCUAGCACAGUGAACCCUUCACUUCUGUGGAGCAAUAUUAACCUGGUGCCUCGUGGUAUUUUGUCAUCGGAAUACGUCCGGUGUGGUGGGAUCUGGGAUCCGAUCCUUGCUGGUUUUUUGUUUUGGAGCGUGUGUAGACUGGAAGUGUGGUUCUAGCAGCUAACAGCAACUAACAGCCUUGUGAUUCAGACACUCGCUUAAUCACUUGUGGCAUGAAGCUAAAUGCAGAAGGGGAAAUGGGAUUUAAACUCAGUUACACAAUGCAAGUUGGUUUUCAUAGGAGACUGAAUGUAACUGUGGAUUUAUUGUGAUUUGUAAAUAUAAACUAACGUGGCGAUUCAGCAGUAGUACCCAAAUCCAGUCCUGGCCCUUUAGCAUAAGAAAUGUCAUGUCAGACUUUAGGAUCAGUGUGAUCCAUGUGGUCGCACUGAUGGAUUAUUCAACUUUGUGCUCUUACUUUAUAAACUAUAAACUGUGUCUCGCUUACAGGCUUCAUCCCCUCUAAAUGCACCUCACCACCUGUGACUAACACUUCUACCCAUGUGCCUCUGGUUACCUGCUUCUGGUCUGUUUGUGGUUUUGGUCUGUUCAGUGCUUCGGCUUUUGUGUCACAAGUCUCUGAUGUCUUUGUGCAAACAGUAUACAAGUAUACAGUAUACGGACGCUUAUCGAGCUUGCCGGCCCAGCUGUCUGCGUCAAUUUGAAUCCCUUUUGCUUGGUUUAUUCCCCUCAAUACAUCGGCGUCAUGUGGUGUCACUCCAGAAGGAAACGAUUAGGGUAUUAAUCACUCGUCGUUCCGUCGGUGCGUCAGAUGUUACUCAACGGAACUUGAGACGUCCAAAACUAUUCUGCAUGCAGAGUAGACUAGAUUUAUUUUAUUAUGAGAUGUAUAAAUAAUUUUUUUUUUUUUUCCAUGUAAAACCUAAAGGUCCGAUGACGUCCGUGAUCUGUUUGCCUGCUCUGUCUUACAUGUUGCUGUUGUAAUUCUGACACAUGACGACAUUGGGCUCGUCCCUCAGAGGCUUGUGGGGGACGGGACGGGGGACAUCUUUCAGCAGAAGCAGCUUUCUUUGUUGACUGAAAAGGUUUGUUGAGUGUGGACUAUGGAGGGGAUUGUGGGAUGGAUCGGGAUGGUGUGGCAUCGUUUGUAAUAGACCCACACCCGUCGGUCCCCGUUGUCCCAGGAGUGGGGUGUGGUGGGCGUCGCCUGUGCGCAGGGGUAAACCUGACUGAUGUCGCUUGCCGACGUUUUCCUGUGACCUCUCGUGUGUGUGUGUGUGUGUGUGUGUGUGUGUGUGUGUGUGUGUGUGUGUGUGUGUGUGUGUGUGUGUGUGCGCGCAUAUCUGUAUGUGAGAUGCAGAGCACAUGGGGACGGGGGGCAUAAUUGAGGUUGAACAUUCCAGAUUGGCGCGGACGGACGAAGACGCAGCACAUGCAGGUGUCCCUGUGGGGGAGGACGGACAGCAGCCCAUCCUGUCUUGGUAUGCAACAGUGAAAGUGACCCCCAGGUUUAACAGAACACGUCUGCAGUCAGACCGAACCCAGGCCCGUGCCAUCAAACCUGGCCCGUCGUAUAGCCGGCGCUGCGUGGGCCCUAUUCUGGCGGAUGGAUGUCUGUUUUUGUUUGUUUGUUUGUUUGUUUUUUAAUUGCUUAAAGAAAUGGGUUUGUCAUUUUGAACUGUAACAUCUCCCUGGUUCAUUUUGAACCUCCUACUAUGUCUGUGUAUAUGACUAACGGCUCAGACGCAUGCAAAUGAAAUAACAGUACCUUUUGGCUCCACAGAAGGCAGAGUACUAAUCUAUCUCACCCAAGGCCUGAUGCCUUUAGAUUACAGUGAUUCUAGCGCUUUCCGUCACGAGGCGCCGUCAGCCGUUGUCCUGUCGUUGUCUAAGCUGACGUCUCAUGCUGCUUCCCCCACCCCCCCGGCUGCAUGUGCGAGCGCUCGUCCACGUCUCUGCCUCGCUCCGUCAACCUGCACAGCACCAGUGCGCUGACAUUAGCCAUCGCCGUUCAGCACAAAGCAAUAACAGGAGCGGGUUAAAUGUACUGUGAGCAGCAUGUUUGCUGGUAUGUCGCAGCUCACAAGGCUGGUGAUGUGGCCUGUCCAGUCCAGAGGUAUGGUACCAAAAAGUGCAGGAAGAAGAGUUUCCUGUCCAGCUAAUGGACCACUGUGAGCCUUUGCUUCGUGGCACGUGGAGGACAAUUUUAUUAUUAGGAUAUUAUAUGAGGACUUAUGGAAAAAUCUACAUAUUGUACCAUUAAAAAAAGCUGAAUUUUGUUGAUGUUUUAUUCAUAUUGAUUCUUUGUUUGUUUGUUUGUUUUGUUUUUUAUUUGCUUCUGCCUGUUCUUACUUCUGGGAAGGAGAGAAUGAGCUUUAAUGAUUGAACUUGCGGAGAGGUUCCCAGACAUCGGUUCAUUCAGCUGACAAUGUACGCCCUGACACAGCUGUCUCUGUGUGAUCUGUGUUUUAAGAUGUAUUGAUUGUUGUUGAUUAUCCAGACAUAAUGGCUUAUUGCCUUUUCCCUUAUUAUUGUGUUUUGACUACUCCACUUUAAAUAAUGAUGCAAAGGCAUUUGCAAUAAAAAAUAUUUUAUUUUACAAGAGAAACAUGUAAGAAUAAAUCUAUAUUAUGAAAAUGUAAAAUGCUAUAGAUCAGAGUUUACUGAAUAACAGCCCAAUCCACACUACAGACUUGUCCACUGUAUUGGAGUCCCCUGGCUUAUUCCAUACAUACAUCCUUCUUUACCUUUUGGAACUAGCAUACAGUUGUGAUCCAAUGAAAAAUACAAUAAAGUUUUCACUGAAUAAAAGUA